UUAUUUCCUCAGAAAUAAUGCUGAAAUCUGGAACUCAUGUCGGAAGUCGUGUAUGAAGAGACAGCCACGAUGAUUGCCGCCGGGGAAUUGCAGUCGUUUGUCCCAUUUGGCCGCGAGCACUGCAGGAACCAUCCAAAUGCCUUCAACCUGCAGCUCAGAGAGCUCCAGCCCGCCUCCGAGCUCUGGUCGUCAGACGGUGCUGCAGGCCUGGUGGGGUCCCUGCAGGAAGUCAGUCUUCAGGAGAGGGAAAGGGAAUGCUGGCAGCUCAGGAAGGGCAGCACAGGAAUCAAAGAAGAAGAUGUGGAGUUUGAAGAAGAGCUGUAUGCAGCAGGAAAUGUGGUCGUGUGGAGUCAGGGCAGUCGUACACAAGCCUCCACCGUAUACAAAGCCUUCACCGUGGACAGCCCAGUGCAGCAGGCUUUAUGGUGCAACUUUGCGGUUCCUCAAAACAACAAUGACGAGGAAGAAGUGGAGCACACGGUGUGUAUCGUUCAGAGUAGCUGUGUCAACGUUCACUCUGUCACUGGGAAGGAUUUCAUCUCGCCUUUACCCUUCCAGGUUUCAAAUGUUUGGGCGACUGAGUUUGGACUUUUGCUGGAGCGGAAAAACACAGUGAACGAGACACAACUCAGCUGCCCUGGGGAGCCUCUCCCUACAGUGUUCAGCAUGUUGCACCCUCUGGACGAGAUCGCACCAGUUGUAUGCAAACCGUCAGGAAUGUUCGACGGUUCUUGUGUGCAGUAUGCAUCCGACUCCACCAUGAAAAUUGUGUUCACCUGCUGCCGGCCUUCUCUUGUUGUGUCCUACGACAGCGUACAGGGAACACACUCCGUUUGGGGCCUGCGCAAAGUCACACAUGAUGAGUGUUCCAAAGUCCUGAGGCAUCUGUCGGAGCCGGCCGGGAUGCCGCAGGGUAUGAUGGCGUCAGGCUUCCUGACUUCUCAUUUGCGUAACAUGUCCUGCCUUGACUCCCCUGGAGGCCAUGCGGCGCCGGGGCUCGGUCCAGGAACUGGAACCAGUUUUGCUGUCGGGUCUCCGCUGCACUACAGCGUUCUGCACAGUCAUCAGAGUAAGAUCCUCACAUCCUCACCGGGAGUACACCCCCGGGUCCAUUCUCCGAGCAUUUCCAACAUGGCAGCCUUAAGCCGUGCCCAUUCUCCAGGCAUGGCAGCUCCCUCCUUUUCAGGUGCAUCUCGCUUUAACGCAUCGUUCCACAGCCCGUCCUCCAGGGGACAUCAUGGGCUGUUGCCCUCCCCCAACAGCACUGUCAAUGAGACAGUGCUGUUGCCAGAGAUGGAGCCCAUCGUACCCGACCUCUGCAUGGAGCAGCUGUGGAGUGAAACUAGCCCUGCUGGCUUCCACAGGAAUAUGAGCAGCCAGGCGUCGAAAGUAUUCUUGACCUCUGACCUCUGCGAGAACCGCUACCUCUGCUUCCUGGUGGAGUCACACCAGCAGCUCAGAUGUGUGAAGUUUAUCGAGAGCAAUGAAACGUCACAGCUAAUCUUCCCCUCUGUCACCACCAUCCCGGCCAAAGAUGCAGAGCCUCUGCAGACUAUAGAUGCCAUGUUGGUUCUGGAGGCCUGUGGCAGCUUGGUUCUUUACACAGGAAUCACACGAGUUAGUAAGGUCUAUGUCCGUGGCCUCUUGUCACCCACAUUCAACAUCACCAACCACCUCCCACACCUCAGCGCUGCGGUGGAGAAUGUUAGCACCCCUGCUAAUGCGGGCAGUCGGCACAUUCAAAGGCUCGAUGAGGACGUCAUGCCCUCACCGGUGUCAGAGCUGAGGAGUCCAAACAUUAAGCACCAUGAAGCUUCAUUUUUGGAGGAUUACACCUUUCAACAAACCUCGCCUUACAUCCACGCUCUGCGGGACCCCGUUUGCAACCGGGUCACUCUGGAACUCAGCAGUGGCACAAUGCUGAGGAUAUCCAUUCCUGAGAUUGCUACAUCAGAGCUAGUGAGGAAGUGCCUUCAGGCAAUUCGGUUCAUCCUGCCGAAGGAAGCUGCCAUGAAGGUUUUGGUAAAGUGGUACAAUGUCUACAACGCCCCUGGAGGUCAAAGUGCUCAUGCGGAAUGGAACCAGUUUGUCACCUGUUUUUUGACACUGAUGGGCUACAACACCGAGCGCCUGGCCUGGACUCGCCAUCUCCAUUUUGAAAUGCCUCUGUCUCCAGUGAUUGCAGCAAAGAGGUCUCGUCCAUCUGAUGGAGGUUCUGAUGAGGACUGGGACUACUUGCUGGCGUCUCAUUACCAUCGGCAGAUAAAUUCUCAGCCUGUCUUUUCUUCAGAGGAAUCCAGUGGGACCAAUGACAUGUCCUCUGCAUCCUCUCCCUACAGUCCAUCACUGAAGCUGGACAAUUCAGCACCUUUGUUCCCGCACAUUCCCGCCCUUUUCUACGUCCUCCACCUGCUUUACCAGGAGCUGCAGCUGGAUGAGCUGCACAGAGCCAGAGCCUCCUCGUUGGUCUGUCUGCUGCAGCAGCUUGCCAGAGACCUUCAGCUGGAAGAGUACAUUGAUCUGUAUUGGAGGGACUAUCCAUCUCUGAUGAGUUGUUUUACUGAGAGCUGCAUCAUCGACCAAGCUCUGAUUGGUCAGAUGCAGAGUCCGUCCUUCCUGAGGUCUGAGCCUCCCUGUGUUUUCAGCUGGCUCAGUAGAUGCUUGAGAGGGGAAGUGACCCCGCCUUUCCCCUACCUACCCGACAUCUGUCAGAGGACCAGGCUGCUGGUUCUGAGUUAUGCUCUCUACAUCAUCGGAGAUGAUAAUGCCACCUCGACAGAUGUUUCGAAGUACCUGGUCAAACUCUCUGCGGGCCAAAAGUCCUCUGCUAUUGAUCUACAGUACAGAAGACAGAGCACUGUGAAGGUUAAGUUUUCGAGUGAGAGUCUGGCUGAGCAGCUGGUGGUCUGGCUCACCUCAGAGGGUUUCACCCUGAAAGACCUGGAGUCUGUCCCCUUCGGCGUGGCGUUGCCCAUUAGAGAAGCCAUUUAUCGAUGCCGAGAGCAGCCGUGCUCCAAUUGGUCAGAGGAGGUCUGUCUUCUCAUUGGGCGACAGGACCUGACCAAACAAGCCCACAAGACUACUUUGGCCAAGAACAGAGGGUCUUUAGGUUCAGGACUGUCCUUAAAACCUCCUGCAACCACAGAAGCAGAUGAAGAAGAAGAUGGGAUGUCCGACAUCAUUCAAGAGGUCACGGGACUGAUCUGGAGUCAGGAUCUGAGGGUCCAAGAGGUCAGGAGGCUGCUGCAGAGCUCCAGGCCUGUUCGGGUCAGCGUUGUUCAGCUUCCAGAGGUCUCCGACCACGAGUACAUAGAAGAAAAGGAAAACAAACUCCUGCAGUUGUGCCAGAGGACAAUGGCUCUUCCGGUUGGCCGGGGCCUCUUCACGCUCUUUUCUUAUCACCCAGUACCAACUGAGCCUUUACCUGUACCAAAGCUCAACCUCACUGGCCGUGCUCCUCCCAGGAACACAAUGGUAGACCUCAACAGUGGGAAUAUUGAUGUCCCCCCCAACAUGACCAGCUGGCCCAGCUUUCAUAACGGUGUAGCAGCUGGACUAAAAAUAGCUCCUGCUUCCCAGGUGGACUCAGCCUGGAUUGCCUACAACAAGCCAAAGAGCCCUGAGCUGGCAAAUGAGUAUGCAGGGUUCCUCAUGGCAUUGGGGCUUAACGGACACCUCACCAAGCUGGCCACCCUCAACAUACACGACUACCUCACUAAGGGCCAUGAGAUGACGAGUAUUGGACUUCUUCUUGGUGUGUCUUCGGCCAAGCUGGGCACAAUGGACAUGUCAAUCACCCGCCUACUCAGUAUACACAUCCCCGCCCUUCUCCCGCCCACCUCCACGGAGCUCGAUGUGCCGCACAAUGUUCAGGUUGCUGCUGUAAUUGGCAUUGGUUUGGUCUACCAGGGAACAGGACACAGGCACAAUGCUGAGGUCUUGUUGUCUGAAAUAGGUCGACCCCCUGGACCUGAGAUGGAGUACUGUACUGACAGAGAGUCAUAUUCACUGGCUGCCGGACUGGCCCUUGGAAUGGUCUGCCUCGGGCAUGGCAGCAACCUAAUCGGGAUGACAGACCUUAACGUGCCUGAGCAGUUGUACCAGUAUAUGGUUGGAGGCCAUCGCAGAGCUCAAGCUGGAGCCAGUCGUGAGCGACACAAGUCCCCCAGCUACCAAAUCAAGGAGGGCGACACAAUAAAUGUUGACGUGACAUGUCCAGGGGCCACACUGGCCCUCGCUAUGAUCUACCUCAAGACCAACAACAGGUCCAUAGCUGAUUGGCUGAAACCUCCAGACACUUGGUUUCUGCUGGACUUUAUUAAGCCAGAGUUUCUGCUGCUGAGGACUCUUGCUCGGUGCAUUAUCAUGUGGGAUGAAAUCCUCCCUAAUACUGAGUGGGUCAAAAGUAACAUACCCCAGAUUAUGAGAGGAAACUUUGAUUUAUCAGAGGACUUUAACAUGGGGGCAAUGGCUCAAGCCCAGGACUACAUCACAGCCGGGGCCUGUUUGGCAUUGGGCCUACGAUUCGCUGGCUCAGCUAAUUCCGAUGCCUUCGAUUGCCUCUAUGAUUCAGCCAUGACCUUCAUGACAAUCAUGUCUUUAACUGGAGCAGGCGCUGUGGCCGCUACGGGCAACUACAACCUGCAAACGGGCCUGUCAAUGAUCCUGCUGGCUAUGUCCAUGGUAAUGUCCGGCACCGGGAACCUGAAAGUCCUGCAGCUCUGUCGUUUUCUCCACAAGCGAACUGGCGGAGAGAUGAAUUAUGGCUUCCACAUGGCUCAUCACAUGGCACUGGGUUUGCUCUUCCUGGGAGGGGGCAGGUACACCCUCAGCACCUCCAAUUCAGCCAUUGCUGCUCUGCUUUGUGCCUUGUACCCACACUUCCCCGCUCACAGCACAGACAACCGCUACCACUUGCAGGCUCUGCGGCAUCUGGCCGUCCUGGCUGCUGAGCCACGGCUGCUGGUUCCUGUGGAUGUGGACUCCCUAAAGCCUUGCUAUGCCCUUUUAGAAGUCACCUAUAAGGAGACAAAGUGGUACGAUGAGACAACAGUGGAAUUAAUGGCUCCCACGAUGCUUCCUGAGCUCCAUCUUCUUAAACGGGUGAAGGUUAAGGGGCCCCGUUACUGGGAGCUGUCUGUAGACCUCAGCAAAGAAACGCAGCAUCUCAAGUCUAUCCUUUCCAGAGAUGGAGUGUUGUAUGUAAAACUGCGGGCCGGUCAGCUUCCGUACAAAGACGAUCCUCAGGGUUGGAAGAGCCUUCUGGCCACAACCGUCAACCACCGCAACUCUGGAGUCAGGGCCUUCAAGCCUGAAGCCAUCUCCACUUUCACCUCUGAACCCGCUCUCAUCUCCUUCGCCGAGUUCUUCUGUAAAAGCUCCGACGGAAUUAAACACAGAGAAGACACUCUGGCAUUGUUCUCGGCGAUGCUUUAUGAGUGUGUGACGCAGGAGUGUCCAGAGAUGCUGCCCACAUACGUGGCUAUCGAGCAGGCUGUCGGCGCCCUGAGUCGCGGUGGGCUGCAGCAGACCUUCCCCUUGUGGCAGCUCCGUCUGGUGGUGGAGCUGUGGGACAGCCGGAUGCUGAGAGGUCCUGCUAACCGCCACGACACCCUGCUCACCUCGGAGUUUCUGCCCGUCAUGAAGAACGUGGUGGAUGUAGCUCUGGAUGACUGGCUCCGAGACAACAGCUCAGUUUUGAGGUCCUACAUGAGGGGUGGCGUUCUCUCUAAGGACGCCCAGUCCACCAUGCUGGCCUGCUUCCUGGUGUACCGUUCCAUCCCCUUCCUCAAGAACACGCACACACAGUUGGAGGGCUGCCGCUCUUUUGGGGAAGUGCUGGCACGUGGCAGGCAGCUUGGCAUCCCUCUGAGAGACCUGCUGAGACUGACCCCCAUCCUUCUGGAUCCUGCGUGUGGAUCGCAGCUACCUUUGGGCCUUCCUCUGCAAGCUUUGUCAUCUUGAUGUUUGGAGCCAGUCAGCGGACUGGUAAACUCUCAGAGAUGCAGUAAAGGCUCACAGGACUCAGUUUUACCUGGAAACACAGCAGCAUUGUGCAGCACGUGACUCUGCAGAUGCUCUGUGUGGCUGCAGCAUGGCUGCUUCACCUCUGAGAAGAACUGUUUUAGUAAAACAGACUUUAUUUCAUUUCAUCUUUCUGAAAAUGAAAAAAAACAUAUACAUUUUUGUAAUAUAGCAUUAUAAAUAGGAUUUUUUACGACUCAAAAAGUGUUAUGGCUGCAUUUAUCGUGCAGUACAUGUGCCAUUUCUGUGGUGCAAGCUCCCCAAAGUGCGAUUUUUGGGUGGUUUGUUCAAAUGUGCAGCAGCAGACGGGUUUUCUGCAAACAGAUGUUGUAAAGGGAACAGAUGGGACUGGUCAAGAGAAAGAAUGGGGUCUGGUGUUCUUUUCCUGAUGUCCGUGCUGCUUGUGAACUGCCAUUGUUCUGGUCGCUGUCUUGACAGAAAAUAAGGAAAAGGGCACC